AUGCCUCAAUUCAAGCAACCGCGACCAGUUAAUGACGAUGUUGUGCAGCCUCGGAGCUUCGAACUUCCCAUGAGAAAUGAAACACUAGACGUACCAGGUAAUGGGCCAUUGGACGUUACAAUCUUGCUGAAGCAUGCUGAUCAUGUGAUCUUCAAUGCAGACCUAGAGGGCCAGCUUAAUGAUAAAGACGAACUAAGUGGGUGGUUUCGCCUAUGUCUACAACAGAGACGCGACACAAGGCACAUGGUAUUGCCCCGUUUCACAGAAAUACACGCACAUUGCCUCAAUGAUAUUGCGAACCACCUGUCGUCUCUUUUCGCGGAGGUGAGAAGAGCAGACAAGGCGGGCGAGGAUACCUCAGAACUCACCGAAAAGCUUGUGCAAGAAGCCUUGAGAUAUGACCAACUUUUGCUUCAAACACAUAAAAUCCAUGCCAUUGGUCAACCGAACAAUAUAUUUUUGAGGAACCUCGUGGCUUGGAAUAGGGGUAUUCUGAUGGGUGAUGGCACUGGCUUCCUUGACGAACCGACUGAUGACUGGGUAUCGAUCCCGCAUCAAGACAGACUGGAUCAGUUCAUCACUUUGAUCCCAGCCACCAAGGUUGGCAGAGUUCUCGCUUGGCCGUUCCGAUCCAACACAGAGAUGAUGGGGGAUAACAAGCUAGAUGACUACCACGAAGGAGUGAUGAAGUUUGCAAUAUUUACCGUUUUUAGUCUCAUCCUCGGGAUUUUUACCUGUGCCCCAGCCGGGAUUCAGUCUUUGAAUGUCGUAUCGACUAUUGGGGAAGUAGCGGUAUAUGUCGCGUUUGUGAUAGUGUUUGGCUGGCUAAGCCUGGGACUGUUUCGAGGCUUCGAGAGACCGCUCUUGACUUCCCUGGCUUUUGCAGGACUCAUGGCUAAUCUUCUGCGCGGUAACAAUUGA